AUGGCCGGCCUCUCAACCUGUCCACCCCUGACCAGGGACUCGGUCAUUCAGGCCCGCCAACUAAUCAGGUCACACGUCCAUCUGACUCCCGUUUUGACGAACAAGACACUGAGCCGAAUGGCGUCAACACCAAGAGACUCUGCCGCGAUCGGCAGCGGCCGUACACCAGCGAGACCCAUCCUCAGGCUCUGGUUCAAAUGCGAAAACAUGCAACGCACCGGCGCCUUCAAAGCUCGCGGGGCCUUCCACGCCAUAAAGAGACUCCAACAGGAGCCCGGAUGGCUCGAGAGCGGCGGCAAGGGGAAGGGCGUCGUAGGGUACAGCGCAGGUAACCACGCCCAAGCCCUCGCCUUAGCGGCCGCAGAAGACGGCAUCACGUCUCGCAUCGUGAUGCCCACGACGACGCGCCCGAACAAAAUCGCAGCGACGAAAGGCUACGGCGCCAUCGUCGUCUUCUCGGGGCCGGGAUUCGCUGGCCGCGAGGCCGUCGCGGCCGAGAUCGUCGCCGAGACGGGCGCCAGGCUCGUGCCGCCUCACGACCACCCGGACGUCAUCCUCGGUCAAGCGACGGCGGGACUCGAGUUCCAGGAGCAAGUUUUGGAGCAGCAGCAGCAGCAGCAACAGAACGCCAUCGAAGAGGGAGGAGGACGACGACGACGACGACGAAAAGGUCUCGACGCCAUCAUCGCGCCCUGCAGCGGCGGUGGCCUCCUCUCCGGCACAGCCCUCAGCUGCGAGGGCACCGGCAUAAGAGUCUUUGGCGCGGAGCCCGAGUUCGAGGGCGCCGACGACGGGCGGAGGGGGUUCUACUCGGGCGCGAGGAUCGUCGCCCACACCAAGACCCCCGACACGGUGGCAGACGGCCUCGCGGGCGCCGUCAGCGCCACGCCGUGGGGCCUGAUCUACGAUCGGGGCUUGGUGAGCGGCAUGUACGCCGUCACCGAGGAGGAGAUCCUCGCGGCGACGCGGCUGCUCCUGGAGAGGCUCAAGAUGUGGGUCGAGCCGAGCGCGGCGGUGCCGUUGGCUGUUGCGUUGUAUAAUGAGGAGUUUCGGGGCAUGGCGGAGCGGGAGGGGGACCGCCGCGAGUACACUGUGGAGAAGACGGGAAUCAUGGGAAAAGAUGGCCAUCAUGACGCUGGUCUGUUGGCAAACCCAGGCUACAAGAUGAUGUUUUCAUUCCUCUCUUAUUUCCACGGCCCGGAGUAA